AUGACGAACGAUUCGGUAGUCGAAGAGACAAAGCAGACGAUAGUUCAGCGCUUCCGAGCAUGGGGUGAAAACUCAUUCCCACCAACGCUGCUCGCCUCGCUCAUUGCCGCUCAGCACAUGCGCCCUUUCCAAUUCUUUCCUAUGCUCUUCCCGCCAGCGCUGAUCUUCACCAGCUAUGCAAACUUGCAGGGCUUCAAGACGGAUACUGCCGGCAUGAGCGCGGCCUUCUCGGGACUCUAUCUACUUCUCGCAGGCCGCCGCCGCCAACCGUUCAUGAAGAGGUUUGGCGUCCGGGGUGUUGUGCGCGGUGCGACCAUGGGUCUGGCUUUGGUCAACAUGGUCGGUGGUGGACUAGCGUACACUCUGGGAAAACGAGAAGAUGAAGAAUACAAGCAGUAA